AAAAAGUCCCUUUGAGCUCGACGAUUUGGAACUGUUUUGCUUUACCUAUAUUGGGAUAUUAAAUAAAUUGUCAAGUUAAUAUUUAAGUAAUAAAAAAUACUCUCUGUUCAUAAAUUGCAAUAAUGGAUCUUCACAGGCCGCUAGACGGAAAUAAGAGUUACAAUGAUAUGACGCCCGAGGAAAAGUUAAGAUAUGACCACAUGCAGAUGCAUGAGAAACACAAAGGUCAUGAAUCAAUGCACUUGACCAUGAUAUUCGUUUUAAUAGGAUCUUUGGUUGUCGCUCAGAUUAUAGUGUCACAAUGGAAGCAAAGACACUAUAGGUCAUACUCGGUGUUCACAAUGGUAGCGAUGUGGUCUAUACCGGUUAUCCUGAGUGUCAAGGAAGGUUGGAUAAGGUUUAUAAUGUUCUGGUUGAUAUUCACUUCAUGUACCGGCCUCGUGAUAUGGAAGUCCUCACUAAAACCCAUGUCAGCCUCCACACCAAGAUUGGUGUACAAAUGGUUUUAUUUCCUGUACAAAGCGAGUUGUUGCAUCGGUGUUUUCGGCUAUAUAGUUAUGAUACUGACUUUGAUGAGUGUUAAUACAUUUUUCGGUUCAAAACCUCAGGUGUGGCUGGACUUGGCAUUAAUGUGCUUAUUCUAUGGACUUUACUUUGGCACUUUAGGCAGGGACGUUGCAGAUUACUGCUCCGAUAAAAUGGCCACUUCAAUAGGGUACUACACCCGGGAGGGUAUGCCGACACGUCAUCUAGAGAGCAAUGUCUGUGCCGUUUGUGGGAACGAGUUAUUAGUGUCUGAACAUGAGGAGGGAGUCAUUGAGAACACAUACAAGCUGCCGUGUUCCCAUGUGUUCCACGAGUUCUGUAUCCGCGGCUGGUGCAUAGUCGGUAAGAAACAAACGUGUCCGUACUGCAAGGAGAAGGUGGACCUCAAAAUGAUGUUCACCAACCCAUGGGAUCGACCCCAGUUAUUAUUUGGUCAGCUGUUGGAUUGGAUCCGUUGGGUUGUGGCCUGGCAGCCGCUGGUGUUGUUCUUCGCUCAAGCUGUUAACUGGUUACUAGGAUUGGAGUAAGGAACCUGGAAGACUAUUAGUACAAUACAGGAACAUAGGUCAAGAUAAACUGGCUAAUAACUGGUUUAGACCACUUUGAUCCAGUUAUGUUUUCAAAUUAAACAUAAUAUAUGAAAAAUUACUAAUAGGGCACCUGCGGACUAUAAAAUUUUAUUUGGUCUAAAUAUUGGGUAUAUACAGAUAAAAAAUAUAAAUAAACUCUUUGUAAAUUAAUAUUUAGUCUGUGGGGUUCCUAAUAUUUAUAAUGAAAUAAAUGUCCAAUAGUUAUAUUAUUUUUAUUCUUAAAUUCACCAUUCAUAAAUUAAUAGUUUACUUUACUUUGUAUUUAGUUUUUGUAUUUUCUCUGCUAGUCUCCAAGCAAUAAACGAUUCAAUAUUGCUGUAAUGUAAAUGUUCCAUGGAAGUGUUGAGGUCUCGUUCCACAACGAACCGAUUCUCAAAUACUUCAAACUGUAAAUACAGUAUGGAUGUAGGAAAUGAAAUUAAUAUAUUAUGACAUUGGUCUGUUAUAUAACGGAGAGGAAAAUAUUGUAAAUAUAAUUUAAUUAAUUAUUUAAGCUGAAAUUAUUGUCUAAAAUAAUAUUUUUUAUUUGUAUAACGACGCAGUACACUAAAUAAUUUUAAGUACAUAGUGGUUUGAUGAAUAUGUGCUAUGUAUGGGCUUCAGUAUUUAUUCUUGACUGUUUAUAUAUAUAUAUAUAUAUUAUGUAUCUGUGUGUACAUGUUAAGUUUUCAGUCAUUAAUAGGUAAUUUGAUGGAGUCCCUGUGGUCCAUGCUGUGGCCUAGAGCAGGUUUGCGGGCUCAUUACUGUUAUAAUAUAAUAUUUGUAUAAUAAUGAUGGUAAGAUUUAGAUAAGUUAAGGCUAUUUGUACAAUUCACAACAACACAUGUUCCAUAUGUGACCAAAGUCAUGUUUAAUGUUAGAGAUUUAUUAAAAUAUUACAUAAUUUUAUUCAAAAUUUGUCCAAAUACUAUUAGCGAAUAUAAUUACAUGUAUGUAUGUAUAAAAAAAAAUAUUAUCUGCCUAAUUAAUUGUAAUUUUUUUUUCAAUUCAUAUAUCCUGUAGCGACGCCCCCAUCUUGGCGACGGGUUAUUGUUCUGUACCACAAUUAUAUAUUGAAUGUAUUAUAAAUUAUUUAACGUGUGAAAUAAAUCUGAUGUACCUAUUUUGUACAUAAUAAAGUCGGCUCGGUAUAUUCUU